AUGGAUCUCUACGCGGGGGUCUGCAGCGAGGCCGCCCGUUCCGCUCGAAGGCUGCGCAAGAACGUGGAGGACGAGGGGGAGAGAUUCUGCCGUGACCUCUGGGCGCAGAGGAGAAGAAUCCUGGAUGGCUACCUUACCUUGCAUGGGGUAAACUACAUUCUCAAGUUUCCUGAUCUGGAACCAGUAGAGCUCAAGGAGUCUGCAGCUGAGGAGACCCUGAAGGAGGAUGCCAUGAGGUGGAGGUUCGAGCAGUACCUGAUUACCGAGCACGGCUGCAAUUACAGGACCAAGGAGAGGGUGAAGGUGUGGCACUUUGACAUGUUCAAGAAAUGUGCUCUGGAGGUCGAGAAGCGUAACGCGGAGGGCGGUGGGGCCUCCUUUGGGACAGACCUGUUCUGGGCCGAGACCGAGCUAGAGUUCCGCAAACGCCGUGAGGUCGAAGAUAAUUGA